AAGAGAUUUUAAUUAAAAUCCAUGAUAUUAAAACAAAUUUACUUCAUAAUUCUGAAGAAAUUGAUAAACCGAAAGUAAGAAGAUUACUUUCAAGCUCCAAAGAGAUAAAAAAAGAAGCACAUUCAAACUUCCUUCUCAUCAUCGGGCUAAAAUUAUUAUAUGAUUUAACUACCGAAUUAGAAUAUACAACAAGUAGAUUAAGGCUUUUGGAUCCAGCAUAUAUUCAAAAAAUAUCAGAGUUUUGGGAAACCCUUUCUAAAGAAUUAAGCAAAUUAAAAGUAGUGAAAAUUUUUGAAAAAUGCGAAUUAUAUGCUCAAGAAUGUUAUCUUGAUUAUAUGGCAGAAAAUUUGACAAAAAUUA